AUGUUGAUAGGACGAGUGUCUGAGGGCAAAGAAACAAAAGGGAUUGGAGAGGAUGGGGAUCGACGCAACUCUUACCAUGAAUACGAAACUGCUAAUGAACUAUACGACAUAAUGGCUGACAAUCCUCGCUACCACGCCAGCAGUGAAACUCUUACAGCGAGCGACUUAGUAAUAUUGUAUAAAAAUCUAGAUAUCGGCACAAAACUUAUGACUGAGGCAAAAUAUUCUCAAACAAAACCAUCUAACCAAUAUGUGGAAACCGUAAUUUAUAAUGAUGAUCAGGACACCGAUGAUUCCGACAUUGGUGAAAUUUAUAGCACUGAAGACAUACGGAACAUUAUGAUGAUAAACAAAGAAAGAAUAGAUUUGAUAAACAAUACAUCAUCUUACGAAACUAAUCUCUGUCAAAAAUAUGGCAAUAUUGCCAUGAAACCGGCCAAUUUAACAUCAUCUUAUAAUAAACAUUUCCUUUUUAAGGACCCCUUUAUAAAAGACCAGUUGAACAGUUUUAUUCCCGAAAAUUAUAAUUCUAAUAUCUUUCCAACUUCAUUGCUCGACUAUAUUUGCUGUAAACGGCUUGAAGAUAAUUACAAUUUUUACAUGGAUAGCGUCAUCACAUAUGUACAACAUACAAUAGAACAUCUUAAAAGAAUUAGCAAUGGGGAUUAUUUGACGGAUAAAGCUAAGAAAAAGUGGAGAGAGGUUGUUGAUCCCGUUUGUAAAGGACAAGAUGACAACAAAAAUGUUUUGGCAAAUUCAAUUAGCAUUCCUUUAAAAGUUAAUCCAAAAUUAAGUGGUCUUAAAAUAAUGUGGGAGGAUACAGUUCACUCGGAAGUAGAUGUAAGAUCCUUCUCUAAGUUACUGGAGAAAAGAAUUGUGGUCGAAAUUCCAAAAUUAAUUUGUGGAACCUACAAGUUAUUCAGUAAACAGUAUAAUGACAAUUUAAUAAUUCAUUGCAAAAAGGAAUCCAAAUCUGUUAAUCACGAUACGCAGUCACGUGUUGAUGUUGUACUUAAACUAAAAAAAUCUGAUUCAGGCCAUAUUAUAAGCAAACUGGACUCUAUUAUGAUUUUGCAAACUGUCCCUCAAACAUCUAUCCAAGAUUGUAUAACAUCUGAACCUUUAUCAAUAAUGUACAAUACACCUGAUCAUAAUAAAGAGGAUUCAUCUAAAAUAAUGGAAUUAAACGAAGAUGAUGAAGGAACUAAAGAGACUGUGUAUGAAUCAAGUAUAUUUACAAAUAAAUCGCAAGAAACGUUUGAAGAUUCACUUAUUGGUACUGAUACUGAUAUAAGUAGCAGUAUAUCACCACAACGUCGUAAUAUAGAUUUUACAGACACGUUUAUUUUACCUGAUAAAAAUGUUAUUGAUUCUAAAACUUACAACGAUGAACAGACUGAAGCAAAUUUUUGUAUUACAUCACCAAAUGAAUUAUAUUGCACGCUGCAACGCUUAACUAUGAAUUCACCGGUACCGGAAGAAAGUGAAAUCCCAAUUAAAAAGAAAAAGUCAGCUUCGAAAGUCCGAAUCAAAUCGCCUUAUGAGAAUGCAUCCCGUGCAAUGGAAGAGAAGAAAAGAAAGAGGCUACUUGAAAUUCGCGAGAGACGUGAAAAUAAGAAAAAAGCUUUGAGUGAAAACUGUAAGAUAUCUAAACACAAAUACUUCAAAGGAGCUGUUAUGGCUCGAGCAUCAAGUUCGGUUACGAAACUAUCAAUUACUAAUAAAUCUUUUUAUAACUCUAUAUAUGGGCAAGCAAUAAACAACGAAGUUAAAAAUAAAAGAAAGUUGAAUAACGAAGAUUUAAAAAUUAUUGUUGAACUAGAAAAUUCAAAUGAAAAAUCACAAACGAAAUCUCCAAAAUUAAACAAGAGUAAGGAUAAGAUAAUAUACAUUAAUCAUAGUUAUUAUCUUGACGAUGCUGAUACUGAAGUAAUGCGUUUACAAAUGAAACAAAUGUCAGAAACUGACAAUACUGCCGAAUGCACUGCCGCUACAUCAGUAGCUUCAGAUGAUUUUAGCUCUAAUUUAAACUUGCUGAAAGACCUUAUUAGUCCAACGCUAUCGAAUAAUCAUCCUAUCGAAAAAAACGUUCCAUCGCAAUGUUUCAACCAUAAUGAAGAAAUAGUGAACAUCAACAUGGAAACUACGCAGUGUGAAUCAAGACGAAGUAUCACAAAUAUAGUUCCCACUAAUACCCCAAAGGAAAUCAACUUCAAAGGCAAUGAAGAAUUGCAAAAACAUCAGCAGCUUUGUGCACCUACAGUUGAAUGUCGAAAAAGUAUCGAUAAAAUAUAUGAUCUUAUACAAAAACCUGGAAAAAUUGAAACACUUCAAUUAGAUCCAGUCAAAAAACUGGAACCAAGUAUGGAAAUCAGCGAUGGUGAGGACAAAUAUGAGAAGCGAUAUCAUUGCAGUAUUCAGGCUAGUGACAGCGGAACUAGUGUAAAACAUCAUUUAACUUCAUCAAUUCCAAGCUGCUUUAGUUUCGAGAGAACCAAUAAAGAUCAACAAAUUAAAAAGAGUGUUAUCAAAAAAAGUGAAAUACCCGUUUCUGUACAACCAAAAGUGCUCAUUGAUAGCAAACAUCAAGUAACACAAUCAAACGACAAUAAAUCAAAAAGGGACCGAAGAAAGCUAAAUAGUCCAAUGAAUAAAAUUGCUGAAAAUCCUUUAAAAGCUAUUUCUCAACUACUGCAUGAAUUUGAAAACGUUCAAAAGAGCCGCCUUAAAAAUGACCCCAAACCGAACAAAAAGCUUGACUCAGAACAAAAGAAUAGUAGUCGACAAGUUACCUUCAAAAGACCCCUUCACCAAGAACAACACCCAAAAAACAAUGAAACUAUUUCACGUGUUUCAACUCCAAAAGAAAGAAAAUCACGACAUAAUACAAUAGCUCAAACUUCGAAAGUGCCAAAUAUAAAGACAUCUAUUGAUGAAAAACCAGGUGAGAAAUUGAAUAGAAGGAAAGUUGCGGAUAUAUUAGACGAAGUCAAAGAAGCUAGAGGUGAGGCGGUACGUGGACCACCUAAGACACAUACAAGACUUGAUAGUUUAGCACAACCUAAGAAAUCUUAUAUUCAGGCUCAUAAUGAACAAUAUCAGAAUCGAAAUAUGAGAAAUACUUUAAAUAAACAGCAAAAAGUUACAAAUAAUACAGUGAUCGAUAGAAGAGAAGCAUUUAACGUAAGACAGAAACGAAGAUUAGAAUUAUCACAAAAACCUCAUUCUGCCGUACCACCCCUAGGCUCUAGACGGUCGUCAAGUAGCAGCCCCGAUGGAAAUCAUAAACGUUCUCCAUUGCCAGCGACUGGACCGUCCCAUAAACCAAACAUACCAGAAGCGCCUAAAACAUUGAUUAAGAAGAUGGUCGCGGUGGAAUCGUAUGUAAAUAACCAUUAUGGACGCAGUUCGCAGUUACGAGAUUUAAAAGAUUUCAUCGGAGCUCAAAAGUCACGAGUACCGCUGAUACCAACUGAUCUUGAUAUAGGAUCUGUAACUUCAUCUCGAACCGCAGAAGAAUCUACUACGCUUGGAAAAAAAUUACAUUAUAUGAUUGAUACAAUGAUAAAUACAACUCUUCCUGCAUUGACUUGCCUUAAUGAACAAAAAGAAACUUCAAGAAGCAAGGACGAUUUAAACGAAGCAUUUGUUGAAAAUAUGGACCAAUAUGAAGAACUUACAUCAAAUACCGAAUUUCCAAUUGAUAUAUUCGGAGAUAAAAGUAUCGCUACUGCUGUAGCAAGUCUACCUACAGAUAAUAAUCAUAAUGCAACUUAUCGCAAUAGUAAUAUCGAUUUUAUCACAUACGAUAUUCAACCAUUUAAUUCUACUACAGAGUUACAGCGGCUAGAAAAUGCAUUAUACCGCCGUUUAUCGGCAGCUACUUUUCAAAAACGUCUGCGGAUUAAGAAUCUAACAUUAACGCCUAAACAUUCUUUGCAGCAAGUUUUUGUUUUGCAUUCUGGUGAUGCCGGUUCCAUCGUUGUUAAGUCUACAUUAUCACAAAAUUUUACUAAACCAAAGUCGAAAACUAAAACGGAGCUGUAUACACCUACUCAUUCCAAAUCACUUAUUGAUUGGACAUUUGCAAACUUUCCGAAACAAUUCGCAACAGUUGGAUAUGCUGUACCUAGUAUAUAUAAAUUAGACACAUCUAAUAAAACAACUGAUUCUGUAGAAGCUAAAUCGGACAGUCAACAUUCAAAAGAAAAUCGGAGUAUUUCGUCGGACAUUAAAUCAAAUAAAACUGAUCAAUGCUUUUACGAGACACCUACACUUUUGGAAAAAGAUGAAGGAGCACAAGUAAACGAAACAGAUGCUACCGAAAAAAAUACUUUUCAAGACAAGCGAAACGUACGACUAGAGGGAAGUUCACGAAAUGUUACGAAAACAUCCAAAAUUUUACAGGAAGAAUUUAAUGAAUCCAGACUAAGUCUCAUUUCAAAUAAAAUAGAUACUACAUCUCUAGAUAUUUUAGUAGGUUUACUCAACGAAAUUAAAAAUAUAACUUCUUGUCAAACAAACAUCACCAAAAAUGAACAUAUUAAUGAUGACGAGUGUAAAGAAUUAGAGUUCAUUUUGAAAAAUGCAAAAUUACAGGAGUAUUCAGUUGAUCACAGUCCCCAAAAUUCCCUAUCUUUCGACUCUUUAAAAGAUGUUAGAGAAAAAUGCAAUUUAUGUGCUUUAUUACCUAGUUCUAAUUUAGCUAAUUAUAGGUCAUUGAUAAAUAGUAUUCCCAGACGUUCGGAUAAGGAAGUGAACGUUAGCAUUUCAGGCAUUGAAUAUGUGCACACGUUCACAGAAGUACCUUCUCGAUUCUUUCCUAUUACAGUCCAUCAUAGCACUAAUGUGACGGGCUCUGUCAUCGGUGUUAUCAGCGAACCCUCCGAACAGUCUUUAUAUUCAUUUUCAGAUUAUCAAGCACACGAUUGCAAUUCAAUUAAUAGAAUUAUAGAAUUACCCGAUAUUCAAUCGAAACCAACUACAAAUAAAACUGAAGAAAAUGCAAAGCAAUUUGAAAAGCAUGAAAAUUUCAUAAUCCAAUGCGAGUCAUCGGAAGAAAAAAGUCCGAGAAAUAAAGAAGUUAUAAAUGAUCACUUAGAAUUUGAUCCCAUGAUUAAAAUGAAAAGAGAUAUUUUAGUAACUGUGUAUUCUAUUCUCGUAAUGACAGUUUUUGCUGCAUUGUCCUUUCCUGAAAUUUUAUAUAGUUCAUAA